GGCAGCCAGGUCAGACCAACGACUAACUGUAGGCGCGGUGGUCGUUAGACUGUUGGAGGGCAGCACAGGACAUCCUAACUGCCAGCAGGUCCUUGGCGUCUGGCGCCCGCCGGCGGCCCAUCUCGUCAUGUCAGGCACUGCUUGGCUUUAGUUCUUCAGGCCUCCGCCCACCCGCCUACCCGAAGCCGCGCCCACCGCCCAGAGCCAGAGGGAUGGUGGUAGUCACCGGGCGGGAGCCAGACAGCCGUCACUCGGACGGUGCCAUGUCCAGCUCCGAAGCCGAAGACGACUUCCUGGAGCCGGCCACUCCUACGGCCACGCAAGCGGGGCACGGGCUGCCCCUGCUGCCCCAGGAGUUUCCGGAGGUCGUCCCCCUAAACAUUGGAGGGGCUCACUUUACCACGCGCUUGUCUACUCUGCGGCGCUAUGAAGACACCAUGCUGGCGGCCAUGUUCAGCGGGCGGCAUUACAUCCCUACAGACUCCGAGGGUCGGUACUUCAUCGAUCGAGACGGCACACACUUUGGAGAUGUGCUGAACUUCCUGCGUUCGGGGGACCUGCCCCCGCGGGAGCAUGUGCGAGCUGUGCACAAGGAGGCCCAGUACUAUGCCAUCGGGCCCCUGCUGGAGCAGCUGGAGAACAUGCAGCCACUGAAGGGCGAGAAGGUGCGCCAGGCCUUCCUGGGGCUCAUGCCCUAUUACAAAGACCAUCUGGAGCGGAUCGUGGAGAUUGCCCGGCUUCGCGCAGUGCAGCGUAAGGCCCGCUUUGCCAAGCUCAAAGUCUGUGUCUUCAAGGAAGAGAUGCCCAUCACCCCCUACGAGUGUCCACUCCUCAACUCCCUCCGCUUUGAGCGGAGUGAGAGUGACGGACAGCUCUUUGAGCACCACUGUGAAGUGGACGUGUCUUUUGGGCCCUGGGAGGCCGUGGCUGAUGUGUACGACCUCUUGCACUGCCUGGUCACUGACCUCUCAGCCCAAGGCCUCACGGUGGACCACCAGUGUAUCGGGGUGUGUGACAAGCACCUUAUCAACCACUACUACUGCAAACGCCCCAUCUAUGAGUUCAAAAUCACGUGGUGGUGAGUUGUCCUUGGAAGCAAGAGUCCCACAAAGGAGGAUGUCCGUCCUCUUGGGUGGCUCUGGGAGUCUGAUCCCUACAGGAGCUGCUGACUGUCCCAGAAGCUGCUGAGGUGAGAGGACAGAACGCGGAGGCACAGAUGCAGAGAGAGACCUGGGGGCUUGCUGCAGUCUCCCUGGUUCGUGUGUGGAUCUUGGAGGACUCGGUCUGCUCCCACCUGGCCUUCUCUUCAAGGCCUGGCGGUCUUCACUGGAAGCCACAAGAUCUAGCAAGGGUGUCGGCUGGGAGUUCAGAAAGAUUUUGAUACCUUCUUGACACCCUGCAGGAAAGCUCCUGCCUGUCUCUGACGGAGAUCUCAUCACUGCCUCACGCUGUUUGAACCUUCCCAUGUGUGUCUGGCGGGAUAAGGAGUGAGCUAGGGGAUUUGCCCAAGCAUCUGCCCUGUAUCCCUGGCCAAAGAAGAAAUCCUCCAUCUCCUCCCAGUGUGCUCCUUGGUCUUCCAGUGACUCGCAGUACCUUGUCUUAGGAUGCAGAAAGAUAUGUCGUCCUGUGUUCCCAGAACACGCCUGUCACCUUCUCUUGGAGAUUAACCAUAACUGCCAAAGCUGUGUACCAUAUUGGGCCUUAGAAAAAACCCCACAGUGUUUACCGCCCUGCCCCAGAACUUUGGCGUCUCCCUUCUUUGCAGGGUUACCCUCUCACAGGGCUGGAAUGCUAAGUUCUAAAGAUUCUUUCUGAAGAUUCCCCAAGUCAGGCAAAUAAGGAGCCCGGAUCCUCUUGAUAUGUAGGAUCCCUCUCAAAUGCCAAGAACACAGGGCCUUGCUGCGGAGUCCUGUGUGGGGCGCCAGUGUGAGCCUCUCUGGAAGAGGUGCUCUCUUUCUUUGAUAGUUUUUGUUCAGGGUGGUAGGGGCUUGCUCUGCAGUCAGGGGCAACUAAGACAGGGUACAACCUGUACCCCCUAAAGAGAGAGCUGUCUAGCAGUCCUCUGAGAGCAUUGCACGUCCAGGCUGCACUAUGGCUUCUAAGUAGUCAUGGGUGUCCUUGAGUAAUAAGUUUUCUUAAUGAAACUUUUUUGUUGUUGUUGUUUUUGUUUUUGUUUUUUGAGACAGGGUUUCUCUGUGUAGCCCUGGCUGU